AUGAAUUCUAAUUCUGAAUCAUUCACACGUUUAUGGUUCGAUCAAAAUGUUAAUUCAACAGAAGAUAAUUUCAAAACUCAGAAAGAGCUUAGUCAAGUAAUCCAUCAUUUGCAAAUAUUUUAUAAUAACGAUGAAUGUGAACAAUACAUUCGACAAAUUACAAAGGAAAAAGUUGUUCUCAUUGUCUCAAAUUCAUUAGGUCAACAUUUUGUACCUCAACUUCAUGAUCUUCUACAAUUAUCUGCUCGUUAUCGAUUAGCUGCUCUUCGUUUUGCUCAAUUUACUCCAAUAAUUGGUGCUCUUCAAAGAAUUAUAUUUGAAAUUGAAAUGGAUCCACGUUUACACACGAAGGCCUUUGCUGACGUUACUCAACUGGCUUUUCUUCAAAAUGAAAAUGAAAUAUUAAAGAUCGGUGAAUACGAACAAGCACGAAAAUGGUAUAGAAGUAUAUUAGAUUAUACUCCGCUUGUUAGUGAAAACACAGCAUUAGGUUUAGGCAAAGUCCGUAAUCUAUGCAAGAGAGCUGAUGAAAGUCUCGAAAAUCUUGAAGAAGCAUUACAUAUAAGACAACGUCUUUUAGGACAAAAUCAUGCAGACAUUGAAGUGUUAUACUUGGAUCAGAAGGCUACAUUGGUACGUACGAGACGAUUAUGA